ACCCCCCCCAUUGUUGUUCAAAUCUUCCAACAAAAUGGCUGGUCUCGAGAUCAUUUCUGACCAAGGCUACCGCAUCGAUGGGCGCCGUUCCUCGGAGCUUAGGAAGGUCUGUGCCCGUAUGGGCGUGUUCACACAGGCCGACGGAUCGGCGUACAUCGAGCAGGGAAACACCAAGGCUCUGGCCACCGUGUACGGGCCACACGAGAUGAGGAAGGGAAGAGGCAAGAUCCAACAUGACAGAGCUGUUGUCAACUGUCAGUUCAGCAUGGCCACCUUCAGCACAGGAGAGCGGAAAUCCCGGCCAAAGGGGGACCGACGAUCACAGGAGAUGUCCAUGCACCUGCGCCAAACGUUUGAAGCUGUCAUUGUCACUGAACUGUUUCCCAGGUCUCAGAUAGACAUAUAUGUACAGAUCCUACAAGCAGAUGGAGGUAACUACUGUGCUUGUGUGAAUGCAGCGACUCUAGCAGUGAUUGAUGCAGGUAUCCCCAUGAAGGACUAUGUUUGUGCCUGUACAGCAGGCUUCAUCCAGGACUCCCCACUGUUAGACAUUAGUUAUGUGGAGGAGUCAGCAGGAGCUCCUUUCCUCACUGUGGCCAUGAUGCCCAAAUCCGAACAGAUUGUCCUGCUGGAGAUGAACUCAAGAUUACAUGCAGAUAACAUGGAGAAAGUGCUUGACCUGGCGACACAGGGCUGUAAGGAUGUGUUUGCUGUGCUGGACAGGCAUGUGAGGGACCAUGUCAGUGAAUCACAUGCACUCAUGACAGCCUCCUGAUGGGGGACUGCUGAAGACUGGAAGAACCAGAUUUAGUUAAAAGAACUAAUGUUACACAUUGCCAAGAGAUCUAUUUUCUAUUCUUCUUUAUUCCAUUAAUCUGAUACUACCCCAUUGGUUGUUGACCGUUGCUAGGGUCAUUUGUGUGGCAAACCAAGUGUAGCCAUUGUUAGUUAUAAUGAAAACUCCUUUCAUGGAGAUGUUUAAUGUUAUGAAUAUGUUAAUACUUUUUGUUUUACAUCCUUUACGUGACCUGGCCAAUUUAAGUGACAUUUGUGAAAAUAGAAUGGUAUUUAACAUUAAUCAUGUGCAAGAUGACAAAGGUGAAGAGUUAUAAAGUAGAAAAUAAAACAGUAUUAGUCAUGAA